CAGAGAAGAAAAGAAGCAUGUGCAGUCUGCAGUAGAGAAAGAGAGAAACAGCAGAGGAGUGAUGAUGGAGAGAUAAGUGCUGGACAAUGACCUACAUAACUGCUGUUUGGAAACUUUACAGUGAAGAUUCAGCAGCCUGUCAGAACUUACAUGUUUACUAGCAAGAAUCUGAACAGCAAAGAGAAGAUGGACCUAAAUGGCUGCAUCUUACUGAACAAGUAGCAUCUUGGAAACAUACACUCCUGAAUACACAGUCCAUUUAGUACACACUCUGGGAUGGAGAGGAACUUACAGAUUCCUUGGCAGGAGGACUGCUAUAUGGAUCUCAAAUCCACGUCUCCAAAAUCAGAAACUCGGAAGAAGAUGGAGGAUGGGGGAUGGCUGCACAAGCACCAGAAAUCGCUACAGCGUUUUGUCUCUGCCUCUGUGUUGGUGGACGUGGUCAACCACAUGAGGAAGUCAGAGCAGCUGAGCGUAGAGGGUGCGAGUGCUAUUCAGGGCAGGGGGUGUUUGGAGGAUAAAGUGCACACGCUGGUGGAGUUUCUGCGCCUUAGCGAUCCACAGGGCUCAGUCCUCCAGACGUACCUGCAGAAUUCACACCCUGAGGAGUACAGCCUCAUCACUCUGCAUGAUUCUGUUGUUCAACAACACAAAGAUGCCCUCUUCCAGCGACUCAGAGAAAACAGUGAAGGUUUUAACAGCUCUGAUUCAUCUCUGUUACUGGUUGAUGGUGUAUCUGACUUGCAGCAGAGAGAGCACGAUCUUGUCCAAGUAUCAGUCAACAGAGGAAUGGGACCAUUGCAUGGCCGUUUACUGGGGCUGGAGAGGCUGCUUGCUCCCCUGACGAGGGUCAGCACCGCCCCUCGGGUAAUGCUGACAGUGGGCGUGGCUGGCAGCGGGAAGAGCCGACUGGUCCGCCAGUUUGUCCAUCAGUGGAGCUCCGGAAAGAUAUACCCAGAUUUGAGCUUGGUGAUUCCUGUUGCAUGCUGGGAAUUGAGCAAUUUGGAUCGGCUGUCAGUUGAGAGAAUGCUUCGGUUGGUCGUGCCGUACGAUAACGUGGAUGUGAUUUUGAACAGCAGUGACUGUAAAGUGCUGCUGAUCUUUGAUGGGUUGGAAGAGUUCCGUACCCCUCUGGACUUCUCGGAGGCUCCGGCAAAUUCUGACCCUCGCAGAGAGCUUCCAGUGUCAGACCUCAUCACCAACAUAGUCAGAGGCAAUCUGUUACCAGGAGUCAUGCUCUGGCUUCUGUCAAGACCUGGCGUGGGAUCAAAAGUACCUGCAGGACUGGUGGAUCGUGUGACAGAAGUCCCCCCUUUUUCACCCACAGACAUCCAGGAUUACCUCACGAACCCCCCAAGACACUUGCAGGAAAACUCUCACACACCUUCUCAGGAAUCCACGCCACGUUCUCGUGAUGCAAGGGAGGAGGACCCUUCGCACAAGGUGUGGGAUCACCUGAGUUUGCAGAAGCCUUUGCGUAUCCUGUGCUCUGUGCCUGGCAUCUGUCGCAUUGUCACAAGGACACUGUCCCGCCUUGUAGGCUCAGAGUCCGAGGAUUUGCUUCUUCCACGAACCUUGACGGAGAUAUACACUCACUAUUGUUGGCCACACCUUUCCUCUUCAGACCCUUCCACUGGAAGCAUCCGGAAAUCACUAACUUCCCUGGGACGCCUGGCCUUCUACAGCCUCCUACGACGGCGUCACACAUUCUGCGAAGCUGAGUUACGGACUUACGGUGUCGAUGUGCCGCCACCACGAGGAACUUUGGGACACAGAGUCCUCAAGCGUGAGCAGAGUUGGUCAUCAGAAAGCAUCUCAUGGCGCUUCUUGCAUACGUCUGUGCAGGAGUUUCUUGGUGCGGUUUUCUACUACAUGUCCUCUCGGCGGGGGAUGUUUGAUUUGUUCUCUGAAAGCGGAGUCUCUUGGCCGCGCAUCGGCUUCCACAGCCAUUACCGUGCCGCCCUUCAGAAAAGCAGCACUGCCACCAGUGGUAACCUGGACCUUUUCAUGUGCUUCCUAUCUGGAGUGUUGUCCUCGGCAACAGGAGCCCUACUGGGCAGUGCUUUGGGCGUAGGCCGGGAGGAGCAAGCGAACCAGCGCACCAUGGCCAUGACCCUGCUUCAGAACACGGUGGCAGGGUCAGGGAGCGAGCCGGUUAGUAUGCGCAGUGUUUCCACAGUGGCCUGUCUGGCAGAGCUUCAGCAGGGGGAGUGGCUUCGGUCUGUGGAGGAGGACCUGAUUGGCUGUAGGUUGCGGGGAAAGUUGAAGGGAGGGGUUUGUGCAGUGCUGGCGUACCUGCUGCAGGUGUCGGACGCCUGUGCCGAAGAGACGCACCUCUCAAACUGCUUAGACUCUGCCUCCCUCAAGAGACUUCUUCCACAGCUUCUGUACUGCAGCAAGUUACGCAUGGAAAACAACGGAUUUAAGGAUGAUGCAAUGGAGCUUCUGGGGAGCUUGCUGAGUGCCAAAGACUGUCACAUUCAGUUCUUAAGUUUGGCAGACAGCUCCAUUAGCAGUAAAGGGAUCAAACCACUGAGUCGAGCCCUUCUGGUCAAUCGAACACUCACUAUACUGGAUCUUCAUGGCAACAACAUCGGCACCAAAGGAGCAAAGACACUGGCCGAGGCUCUGAGAAUGAACCAGAUCAUUGUGUCGAUUAAUCUUCAGAGUAACAGUAUUGAGGAUGAGGGAGCUCGAGCUCUGGCAGAGGUGCUGCAGUCCAACCGGAAACUCACCUCACUGAAUGUUCAAAAGAACGGUAUCGGCCCAGACGGAGUGAAGAGAAUUGCAGAGUCCCUAAAAAAGAACCAGAUUCUACAAGACCUCAAUGUAUCAAGCAAUCACUUGGGAGACCUUGGCACAGUGGCUUUGGCACAAGCUCUUGUGGUCAACCAUACACUCUGCACUCUCAGUCUCCAGAGUAACUCCGUCAGUGACAAGGGCAUGAAGGCUCUCACUCUGGCCCUGCGCUCCAACAGAGGCCUGACCACACUGAACUUAAGGGAGAACUCUAUAGGAGUUGAAGGUGCCAAGGCCAUCGCUCGAGCUUUACAGGAGAACAGCACACUCAGAGAACUGGAUCUCACUGCUAAUCUUCUCCAUGACGAAGGAGUGACGGCCAUCGCUGGGUCAGUAAAAGUCAACCGAGCCCUCAGAUCCUUACAUCUCCAGUGGAACUUUAUGAAGAUUGGUGCUGCUAAAGCUCUGGCUCAGUCUCUCCACAGCAACUCAAGUAUCCAGCUCCUGGAUUUGCAGGAAAAUACUCUGGGUGAUGAAGGCGUUGUUGCUUUGGCUAGUGCUCUAAAGGCAAACUCGUCUCUUGCAGUGCUCUAUCUUCAGGGUGUAUCAGCCGGUAAGGCCGGGGCUGAGGCUUUGGCUGAAGCACUAAUGGUCAACCAGACUCUCUGCACACUGGAUCUGCGUGGCAACUCCAUUGGAAUGGGCGGGGCCAAAGCUCUCUCCAGUGCUCUGAAAACCAACAGGAGCUUGAGAAGUUUAAAUCUUCAGGAGAACUCUUUAGGGAUGGAUGGAGCUAUCUUCAUCGCCACAGCGCUACGAGGAAACCACCAACUCACCUACAUUAAUCUCCAGGGUAACGGAAUUGGCGAGUCCGGGGCAAAGGUCGUCUCAGAUGCUAUAAGAACAGACGCAGCGGAGUGUGUGGUGGACAUCUAACACACCCAAUUAUAUAUAUUUCACAUAAUUUAUUCAUUUCAAAAAUCCAUGUCAGUUAAGCUCAUCUUAUUGUGUGUGUAUAUAUUAUAUACUGUAUUUUUAUUAAAAGAUUAACAUAUCA